GCGGUGACACCGAGCCCAGCCUCCUCCACCCGCCCCCCUCCACGCUACGCUCGGGCCCUCCCUCCCCGCCACCACCGUCCACUCGGCCGGCCGCGGGGAAGGAAGAAAGGCGCCGAGGAGGCCGAGGCAUGGAUCCGCAGCCCCCUCCACCCGCCCAGGGCAGCCCACCUCACCGUGGCCGGGGUCGGGGCCGGGGCCGUGGCCGGGGCCGAGGCCGAGGACGAGGCCGGGGCGCCCGGGGAGCCACUGGAGCCCCCCGGGCGCCCCUGCCCUGCCCCACCUGCGGCCGCCUCUUCCGCUUCCCCUACUACCUCUCGCGCCACUGGCUGAGCCACUCGGGCCUCCGACCCCACGCCUGCCCGCUGUGCCCCAAGGCCUUCCGCCGGCCCGCCCACCUGGCCCGCCACCUGCGCGGCCACGGCCCGCAGCCGCCCCUGCGCUGCGCCGCCUGCCCCCGCACCUUCCCGGAGCCCGCGCAGCUGCGGCGCCACCUGGCCCAGGAGCACGCGGGCGGCGAGGUGGAGCUGGCCAUCGAGAGGGCGGCCAAGGAGGCCGGGGCCGCCGCCACCGGCGCCGAUGAGGCCGCCGCCGCCGAGCAGCCGGGCCCCGCCGCCGCGGGCGCCCCGGAGGAGGAGGAGGAGGAGGAGGUCGCGUGGCCGGACGCGUGGGCCGCAGGGGAGCCCGCCGCGCCCGUGGCCCCCGCCAGCGCCGAUCCCCCGGAGUCGGAGGCGGAGGAGACGGAGGCCGGGGCGGCCGAGCUGCGGGCCGAGCUGGCGCUGGCGGCCGGGCGGCAGGAGGAGAAGCAGGUGCUGCUCCAGGCCGACUGGACGCUGUUGUGCCUGCGCUGCCGCGAGGCCUUCGCCACCAAGGGCGAGCUGAAGGCGCACCCGUGCCUGCGCCCCGAGGGCGAGCAGGAGGGCGAGGGCGGGCCGCCGCCGCGCCCCAAGCGCCACCAGUGCCCCAUCUGCCUCAAGGCCUUCGCCCGGCCCUGGUCGCUGUCCCGCCACCGGCUGGUCCACUCCACCGACCGCCCCUUCGUGUGCCCGGACUGCGGCCUGGCCUUCCGCCUCGCCUCCUACCUCCGCCAGCACCGCCGCGUGCACGGCGCGCUCAGCCUGCUGGCCCCGCUGCCCGCGGCGGCCCGGAAGGACGACAGGGCCUCGGGCGGCCGGAACUCGGGGAAGGGGCCCGAGGGCGGCGAGGGGGCCGGGCCGGAGGGGGGAGAAGGCGGGCAGAACGGGGGGGACCCGGCCCCCGCCCGGCCGCCGGCGGGGGAACCCCGCUUCUGGUGCCCGGAGUGCGGCAAGGGCUUCCGGCGCCGCGCGCACCUGCGGCAGCACGGGGUCACCCACUCGGGGGCGCGCCCCUUCCAGUGCGUGCGCUGCCAGCGCGAGUUCAAGCGCCUGGCCGACCUGGCGCGCCACGCGCAGGUGCACGCGGGGGGCCCGGCCCCGCACCCCUGCCCGCACUGCCCGCGCCGCUUCUCGCGCGCCUACAGCCUCCUGCGCCACCAGCGCUGCCACCGCGCCGAGCUGGAGAGGGCGGCCGCGCUGCAGGCGCUGCAGGCCCAGGCCCCGCCGUCGCCCCCGCCGCCCGCGCCCGCCGGGCCCGGCGAGGAAGGGCUGCCCCUGCCCCUCGCACACAUCAAGGAGGAGCCGCCCUCCCCGGGGAGCCCGCCCCGGUCGCCGCCGGCCCCCCCUGUCUUCCUCAGCGCCUCCUGCUUCGACAGCCAAGACCACUCCGCCUUCGAAAUGGAGGAGGAGGAGACUGACAGCAAAGCGCACCUGCAGGGCUCGGGCGGCCUGGCCUCCUGACCCUCGCCGCGCCCUCGCCCCCGCCCCUCCAGCCGGCCCCGGUUUGCAAUAUGGAGGAGAGAAGUUGAAGGAGGGGGGUCCCUCCUCCACCUGCCCACCGCCCCUCGCAGCCCUGACACUAAGCGGGGGUGGGGCCUUGCGCGCCCCUCCCUCUCCCUCACCCGCCCUCCCCCAGGUCCCCUUUGCCGGUUGGGAACUGCUCACCCAGCUCAUCAGAGGCAGGGCCCCUUGGAAAGGGAGGGGGGCAGGACACUGGCCAGAAGGAUGGAGACUGGGGGACCCCCGCCCGCUGCCCUGUUUGUACACACUGGACACGUCGCCUCUUUGGAACUGCCAGGCCUUGGGGGUCCCCAGUGAGCAGAGGCCCGCCCCUGUCCCUCUGUGUGUCUGUGAAUAAAUGUGAGUUCGUGAA